AUGGACCUCCUUGAAAAAUCCUUCCGCCAUACAGGAGAACGACAAGAAGUGGCAUUAAUGUGGAAGGAAGAAAACGCAGUGCUGCAAAACAACUAUUCGUCGGCAUUGCAGCAACUGCAACAUCUUUCCAAACGCUUCAAACGGGACCCAGCUUAUGGCGAAAAAUAUAACAAGGUGAUCCAAGAAUACCUGUGGCUCGGCCACGCAAUUCCUGUAGAUCCGUCCGACACAGGUACGCCUGGGCGUGUGUUUUAUUUGCCACAUCAUGGUGUCACGUCCGUGAAUAAGCCGGACAAGGUCCGCGUCGUAUUCAACUGCUCGGCUCAACAUAAUGGAAUCAGCCUAAACGACAUGCUCCACCAAGGCCCAGAUUUGUUAACAAGCCAAGUAGCAGUCCUCCUCCGCUUCCGUCAAUUCCCGGUACCGAUUUCCGGAGAUAUUGAAAAAAUGUAUCACCAGGUGCAAGUUCCGGCAAGCGAUCAAUCCGCUCUUCGUUUCCUUUAUCAAGCGCCUGGGAUCAACGAACCGAUCAAAGCGUUUCAAAUGACGCGACAUGUUUUCGGUGCCGUCUCAUCGCCGACGACUUGCAUCUUUGCUCUGAGAAAAACGACCGAAGAUAAUCGACAUCUUUAUCCGAAAGUUGCCGAUCUCGUGCUGUCGAACACGUAUGUCUACAAUCUACUUUAUUCUGCCGAAAACGAAGACGACGCCAUUCAUGACGCCAAGGACUUCAAGGCCCUCUGUCUAGCUCGUGGAUUUAAUGUCGUACAAUGGAUGUCGUCAUCCCGUCGUGUUCUCUCAACAGUUGCUCCAUCAGAGCUCUCUCGCCCUCAUCUCGACUUCAAUUCUGAGUUGCUCCCGGUCGAAAGAACGCUCGGCAUCUUGUUGGAUUGGGAGACCGAUCAGUUCAUGUACAAAGUCGAGUUAAAACCAGCAUCGACCAUGCGUGAAGUGCUCCAAGGUUUAUCGAAGGUCCACGACCCUCUUGGUCUCAUUGCCCCCGCCAUUUUGCCAGCCCGAAUCUUAAUGCAAGAUAUAUGGCACAGCCGGUGCGGAUGGGACGACGUGCUGGAUCAAGAACUCCGAAAAAUUUGGACAAAUUGGACCAAUGAGCUAAAACUUCUCGAAGCACUCCGCAUUCCGCGCUGCAUCCGCCACGUAACCAAACCCGAUCAUCUAGAGCUUCAUGCUUUUAGUGAUGCCAGCGAAAAUGGCUUCGGUGCUUUUGUAUAUAUCCGAUGUUCAUAUCCGAACGAAGAAAUCAGUGUCGCCUUAGUGAUCGGAAAGGCAAGAGUGGCACCGUUAAAACAGUUAUGA